AUAGAGCUGCAGAACCUCGUCUUCACACUCCUGGCAGCGCUGCAGGUCCUUCCAGCGGCUCGCAUUCUUCGGACGAGUCGUGAUAAAAGCCUCUUUGUCGAGAUUUUGAGGCUGAAUGUAACUAUUGCAACGAGCGACUUCGACUUCGAUCGCCUCCAUCCGCUUUUAAAAGCCUCUGCUGAUGGAGCCGACGACUCUGCUAUAUGGAAACUCGUGAAGAGCGCUGUUGCCGAAGCGACUCCGCCUCCCCGCCCUAUCGCGUCUUCGAUUCAACAGACACCAUGGCUGCGCAACACCAGCAGCUUUCCAAACUCGUCAGAGUACCGCAAACACGUCGAUGGCAUCUUGAAGGAGGAACUCGGUCAUCUAUAUGUCGGCAUACCAAAGUUCUGGGACAAGUACUUUGGUGGCGUUGAUGGCCUGGAGACGGCGUCGGUGUUCUUCAAGCAAUGUAUGAGCGGUCCGACUCCGAUGUUUGAUGAUGGGUGGACAACCUGGCCAGCGGGCGCCGGGGAAGACGAUGUUCUCGAAUGGAUCUCAAGCUUU